GACGAUGUUGCUGAUGAUGGAGGAAGGAGUCGAGCAGUGCGAGGAGCGUGAGAGGCAAGCGGUCGUGGGGAUUACUCCGCACGUGGCGAAGAGCGUCGGAGAAGCGGUAGUCGCGAGGAUCAUAAUUCGUCGGGUGCAGUUCGGACGAUGGAACGUCCCGGCGGACAGAGCAUUGAAUUGCCGAGAGCAACUCCACCGACUUUUGUCGAGGCCGGAAGGCUGCGCGAUGACGAGACGAGCGGAGGUUCGCGAGUCGGAAUCCUGCUGCUCGAGAGUUAAUGAUCGAGACCCGUGACGUGGGAAUAUUAUUCAGUAUCCUAGUGUGGACUCGAGGGGCAGAUCGGAUCGAUCCAGGGCGUGGAGAUUUUCGGGUGUGAUUUUUUUUUGGGAUGGCGCGUUGAUGAAUGGGUGUUUUCCUUCUCUUCGGUGCAGUGCGAAUAUGGAGAGCAUGCAGUAUGCUGAGGCUGCGGUGAAAGAGUUUUUGCUCUUUCGGGGGUUCACUCACACUCUGCAUUCUUUUGAUGCGGAGGUGGAGGCUGACAUUGGACACGGCUUGCAGGUUGACCGAAUCGUGGACCUGCUUUUUACAGUUUAUGUUCCACGAUUUGAGGCCGACAAUAUGAUCAAUCUUCUGGCAUUUCUGCAAAAGUCUUUUUUUCCGUCAGCAGAGGAACGGUAUCACAUUACGCUAAGGAAGCUAGAGGCUUCACUCAAGAAGUAUUACAUUGUAAACGCCAUGCAAAAGGCGCGUCCUGACCGGGUUAUUCAUUUUUUUGAGCGACAUGCUGACUCACUUCUUCGGAGUGGCGACGACUGGCAUAGCUGGUUUGCUAUUCCCUACAUGCAGAAUCCCAAUGUUGAUCCACGAUUUCAAGUAUACUUCUCGAAAGAAUGGCUAGACACAUUGAUGGUGUCAUUUCGCAACUUUCUCUCCGAGGUCUUCGAUAAUAUUCGUCUUCCAACUUUGCUGAAAAUUCACUCGGAGAGAAUCAAGAGCAGGGCCAUGAAACAAGAGUUGGAAAAAUUAAGAAAUGAAUGUGUCCAACUGCGAGCGAUUCUCAAGGGGAAGGAGGAAGAAAUUUCCAAAUUUGAAAGUGAGUACGAGUCUGCAAAAAGCCAACCUUCAAGAGAUGCACAAGGGGAGAAUGAAGUUGGUCCGUCUCCAUCACAAAUAUCUUCGACAGCUUCGGCAGACAAGGGGAACAACCUGGUGCCAGUGACAUUUGUAGAGGAUAAUCAUUCAAAUGAGGACCAAGAAAGUGGAAGUGGUGCGAACAAGCUAGACACCACUUCUCAUGAAACACAUUCAUCUCACCAUUCAGCAUUUCCACAACUUGAAAGUAGUGAGCUCACGACAGACGCUGCCAAACGCUGGGCCAAAGAAGAGGAAGUUCCUCAAAUAAUUGUAGAGUCUCAGGAGACGUUUUCCGGACACACAAGCCCAAUCACCCGGUGCCGAUUUUCAACCGCAGGGUCAAAUGUGGCCAGUGCCUCAGUGGAUGGGACCGUCAGGAUAUGGACGCCAGAUGCUGCAGCAUCGACAUCGAGAAAUGCAACUAUUUACUGCGGGGCUGAAAUUAUGUCUUUGGAGUGGGAAAACAAGUCUGAUCGUCUGUUACUUCUGGGAACAGCAGAAUGCGGAGUUAAGGCUUGGAACGUGGCAGCCAAGCGAGUUGUUUGUGAUCUCAACACUGAUUCUGCGUUUCCAAGGAUAUUAGAGCUCAAGUGCAGCCCAACAGAUGCAUUGUUUUUAUGUGUAGCCUCUUCGCAUCCAGGAAACACAAGUCAGGGAGUGGAGAACAUAGCUUUUGGUUCACUGACUGUUUGGAAUAUGAGAACAUGGAAGCUUAUGAACGCCCUUCCUCUUGGUGAAGAUCCACCAGUCGUUACUUCUGUUUGUUUCAAUCACAAUGGAAAAUUGGUGGCUGCAGGAGCAACAGAUGGGAUGAUACGUCUUUUUGAUAUGAAUGGCUGCCUACCAAUCACUGGGUGGCCAGCUCACGAUGGCUGUGCUGUAAGUUGCGUUAGAUUUGGCCACGAUCAUUCAAGUAUAUUUAGUCUCGGGAGUGAUGGCAAAGUUUUAGAGUGGAGCCUGCAUAAUCAAGGGCAAAUAUUGCAGUCCCACGAUGCGAGCAUGUUCUGCUCUACGGAUGGUUCCACACUUCCUAGACACGAAAUGGCCUUGGAUUCGUAUGGGAAAAGUCUACUGUUGUCAUCAAAUCUCCGAAGUGCCCCUAUGUUCAAAUUCAAUGGAACCAUUCAAGCGUAUAGGACUCUUGACCACAACGGAGGAAUCACUUCUGUGGAUUGGCAUCCAUUAUUACCUAUGUUUUUGACCGGAUCUUCUGAUCAUUCUGUUCGAGUCACCUCCAUACUGUAACAGUGUGCAAACGUAGGAUUGUAGUUUUCAGAAUUUCAGUUUUCAUUCUCUCUUAUACGCGUUCUCUGAUUUUAGUAGAUGGUUCCCGUUGUAAUACUCGCGUGAUGCUUGUGAUCAUUGUAUCAACGAUAUCAUAUGGAGACCCUUCUUGCUCAAGUUUAGCCAAUGCUACUGCUGAUUAAAAGCACAGCGAUGAAUUGAUACGUACAUUUAAAAUUCAUGCUGGGCAAGAUUGGUAAGUUACCUGUAAAGUUUGAACCCGAGCAUAGUCCGCAGUAUGACUGCACCAGAUGAUGUACAAAUUGUUUGCUUUCGACCAUAAGUUUGGCGAGAAUUGGUUUGUCUCCAUUGACCUUGAUCUUG